AUACAUGUCAUGCAUGUAGUUAGCUCGGCGGCCCAACGAGUCCUGUUUCCCGGAUAAAAUAUUUUGUUUAAAAUUGCAUGGUUCGGAAGCGCCCUUUCUACGGAUGAAGCAUUUGCGGAGGUGAGAAGUAACAUUGUGACCAUCUAGAUUUGUAGCUCAAGUCGUGAUGUACCUCUGCCUUUGAGUUGUAAGCCUGCAACAGUGCAAGUAUACUUGUACAUGAAGCAGUAAACCAAAGGAGCUGCACACUCGCCAUUGGUUAGUGGACACCAUGGGUAAAGGUCAUCAAGGUCAAGGCGUGUCAGAGGUCAACACACACGGCAACUACUCAUGGGAGGAAGUCAAGGAGCACAGUACUAAGGCGGACAAAUGGGUGGUGAUUGAGGACGGGGUGUAUGAUGUCAGCCAGUGGGUGAAGAGACACCCAGGGGGUUACAAGGUGCUGUCUCACUACGCUGGCGAAGAUGCUACGGAUGCUUUUGUCGCCUUUCACCCCGACAAGAGCGUGGUCAGGAAAUACCUUAAACCUCUCCGCGUCGGAUCGUUGUCAUCGGAGGACGCAGUCAAGGCGACCAUCGUAAGUGACAUGAGGGACCUGCGCAGCAAGGCAGAGGAGAUGGAUCUCUUCACUCCCAACCUCUGGUUCUAUGCUGCCCACUUGGCCCACAUUGUAGCCCUUGAGGUACUCGGUUGGAUGGUCCUGUGGUAUUAUGGAACAACAUGGCUACCCCUUUUGAUCACUGCUGCAUUGCUCACAACUUCACAGGCCCAAGCAGGGUGGUUGCAGCAUGACCUGGGUCAUCUGUCUGUCUUUCGUCGGUCUCGCUGGAACCACUGGCUGCAUUACUUUGUCAUCGGCGGGAUGAAGGCUGCUUCUGCUCACUGGUGGAACUACCGUCACUUCCAGCAUCACGCCAAGCCCAACGUGGUCAAGAAGGACCCUGACAUCUCCAUGCCAUACUUGUUCCUCUUUGGAGACAAGAUGCCUGUCAAAUGGGCGUCAUCGAAGAGGGGCUUCAUGCCUUACAACUACCAACAGAGUUACUUCUUUCUGAUUGGUCCGCCCUUGUUGCUCCCCGUCUACUUUCACGUGGAAAACCUGUACCAUGUUUUCUAUAAGGGGAUCUGGACAGAUCUUGCCUGGACAGUCAUCUUCUUUGUGCGACUCUUUGUCACCUAUGGGCCUCUGCUAGGUGGACUUGGUGCCUUUGGCCUGUACAUGUUUGUCAGGUUUCUGGAGAGCCAUUGGUUUGUCUGGGUGACCCAAAUGAACCACAUCCCCAUGGAGGUAGAUACAGACAACCAGCGUGAUUGGCUGACGAUGCAGCUACAGGCAACGUGUAACGUCCAUCCAUCCUUCUUCAAUGACUGGUUCACGGGCCACCUCAACUACCAGAUUGAACACCACCUAUUUCCUACCAUGCCGAGACACAACUUCUAUAAGAUAAUGCCGGACGUGAAGUCUCUGUGCAGCAAAUACGGCUUAAACUACCAAUCUAAGACACUGCUUGGUGCAUUCGCUGAUAUUGUACAUUCCUUAAAAUCUUCUGGCCAACUUUGGUAUGACGCCUACCACCAUGCCUAAACAUGCCCUCCGAAAGGUAGCUAACACCUAUUUUCUAUGUAAGCAGUGCCUUGUAAA